AUUUUAUUGUAGUAAUAACUACCUCACAGAAGCUUAUCGAAAAAGACUAGGCUGUAUGGGCAUUGUUCCCUUUGCCUUCCCUGAAAAGGGAGAACUUAACAAAAAAAAUUGUUUUUGUUUGCAAUUAGAACUGGCGGUGUGGCGGUCACUGAACAAUUAUUUUAUACUGGCGCUCCACUCCCCUGACCAAGUAAUCUUUUGGCGGUCUGGCCGUCCUUCCCUUUCGCUAAAAAAAAUGAAAGAAGUAAGUGAUACUAGUAAUAUGUGUGCAGUAAAGGAAAUGCUGCUUGAUGAGAGCAAAUUGGUCACUUACGUCUCCCUUAGCAAAGAACUUUGUAUCCAUGUAAAUGAAAGCAAGGUUUUACUCACCAAUGUUCUUAGCGAGCUACGCAAAAUCCCUACGAAUACAUCUCUUAGUGCAAGCUACAUCAUUUCUGGAUUACUUGACAAUAACAGGGCUCAAACAACCGUUUGCAAUGAAAGUGAAUUAUCGGAUUUACAAACCAAAUUCAAAACUAUAUUUUUUCAGCAUGUGUAUAGCUUAUGUGCUGGAAAUUCAUCUGCAGACAAUGUCUCGUAUAUGGCGGUUAACAAAUUUGAGGACUUACCUCUAUGCACUGGUCUUAUAAAAAGUAACUUGUGUGAAAAGAGACCAGCUGAAGAAAUUCAAAAAUCAAGAACCAGUAGUCAAGAUAUAACGAUUGAGAAAAAAUCUGCCCCUGCUUUGCAGAAGAAAGUUAAAGAAGAAUGUAAUAAAGAGAAAAAUAACACAGGUGAAAACUCUGUCGCAAAAAUUCAACAUACAUUAUCAGAACCUUUGAUAAAAACAGAGCUACCAUCACCCAAAAAAACCCUGUCUAAUGGUUAUUCACAUAAACCUGAUUUAAAAAAUGUUAAUAAGAACCAAAAAGGAAUAGCUGGAUUUUUUAAUAGAGACAGUAAUAAUACUAUAACUAAAAAGUCUGUGAAUAACAUUCAAGAAAAUCAUUCUGAAAAAAAUCAUGAAGAGAUAAGAAAAUCUGAGAAAAUGGAAGUUGACGAAGAAGUGAGAAAACAUCAUAAUAAAAAAGAAGACAGUAGCACAUCUAAAUCUACAAAAAAUCUUGAUCAAAUAAAGAAGACUGCCAAAGUGAAUAAGAAGCGAAAACGAGUAUUGCAGGUCUCGGAUAGUGAAAGUGAGAAUGAAAAGAAUGAUCCUUUUGUAGAUAAAUCUGCAACUGAACCAGAGUCAGAUGAUGAAAUACCUCCUACUCCAUUAAUAAACACUGUUAAAAUUACUUCUGGAAUUGUAAAUCCUAAGAAGAGGAGAAAGAUAGUUGAUAAGACUUAUACUGAUGAAGAAGGAUAUAUAUUAACUAAAAAGGAAGAAGUCUAUGAGAGUUGUUCAGAAAAUGAAGAUAUUAAUACCAAGGAAAACAAUGAAAAUGUUAAAGUCACACCUUUGAAAACUAUUGAUGCUCCACCAAAAGAUAAGAAAAAUAUCAAUGUUAAUAAAAAUAAUAAGAAAAAGUUGAGUUCCCCUCAGAAAGGAAAACAGGCAACAUUGAUGAACUUUUUUAAAAAAGUAUAAAUAAAAGAAAUAUGUUCUUAUUACAAAUUAUGGUAACAUUUUUUAAAAUAUUAAUCCUGACCCCCCUGAAUGGGUCCUGUAGUAUGGGUAUGUUUUGUUAUUUUAAAAUUAUGUUCUGGUUUGAAAGUAAAUCCUAUUCAUAACAUAUUUUUUACUUUUAUCAGGACACAAUUUUGUGUUCUUAAGAAAUACAAAUUUUAUUGUGUAACUAUGGAAUAUGGAUAACCUUAUAAACAGGUUUCAAACUAUAAAGAACUAUUUAAUAAAAAAAAACAAGCUGAUUCCAUUUUGUUAUUGUUCAGUUUGCUGGAAAUAAAAUAAUGUCGCAUGAUAGGUAUUUCGUUUUUAUUUGUGAAAUUAAAUUAAUAAGUUCUCCACAUCACAUUUAAAAGCUGCUUACUGACAAUGAGUUGUUGAAAACUUAUUUUAAAAACUAUCUUUUGGUUCCAAUUGCCACAACCCAAUCAGGGUGAACUUGGACAUCCACUAAAUAUGAGCAUUUUGUGUUGUAAGUUGAAGAUUGUACAUCUUGACUGGAUACUUGCUUAUUUUUGGCUUGGUUAUCCCAUAGAACUUUCACUAUUCCAUCCAUGCCCGCAGAACACAAUAGAGAAUUUUCAAUUGAUAAAUCACUAGGGUCCAAUUGUAUCCUAUUGGUGAGACUGGCUUUUCCCACUGCUGACCAGUCCAGAGCUGUCACUUUUCCAUGAUGCCCUCUGUGCUCAUGAACGCAUGUGCAAGCUGCCAGAUCCCAGACUUUUAUCUUCUUGUCAUCACCGGCACUGGCCAAGUAAUCGCCGGAUGGAGCAAAGGCCAGGGCUCUGACGACUCCGCGAUGACCGCAUAGAACUCUGACAAGACGCGCGUCACACACGGUCCACAGGCGGACGCUGCGAUCCGCGCCCCCGGUGGCUAUGUACGCUUCGUUUGGGUGGAACUUUACGCAAGUAACAUCAGACAUAUGUCCCACAAAUACUCUCACAGGAAAGGUUCUAUCUAAUGACCAAAGCUUUGCAGUUCUAUCAUGAGAUCCUGUUACAAUGAAUAGUCCAUUUUUUGAAACAUCCAUACACCAUAUAGGGUAAUUGUGACCUCUAUAUAUAGAAGCACAUGAGUAAUCAUAUAAUCGCCAGGCCCUCAUCGUACAAUCAUGGGAAGCCGACAAAACUAAUUGUUCCUGAGCUAGUACACUGACUGCUUGUAUGGGCCCUGUGUGACCUCUCAGUGGUAAUCCAGCACCUACUUGUAAAGUAUUGUCAUCCGGUGGGGGCUCAGGUGGCAUGUUGCAUGCUAUUUCUACUUCAGAUAUGUUUCUAUUGAUUCUACGUUUAACAUUGUUUUGUCCCAAAUCCCAUAGCCUGAUUUCAGAGUUACUGAAACCUCCACAUAGCACAUUGCAAUAGGGGUCAGUCUUGGCACAUACUAGAUGUGAAUCUGGAGCUGCAACUUUGUACAAUUUGAGUGGUGCCAUUGAUUCCCUUACUCCUUUGAUUGCAUCUUGUAAAUCUUUAAGCUCUUUGUCUAUACUUUGAUAGUCUGCAUGGCCAUUACAUUUUGAAAAUAUAUCCAGAACAUUGUCGUCAAAAGCAUUUUGUUCAGCAUUAAUUUUGGGAAUAUUUCUCUCCUCCUCUACUUGAUCUUCAUCAUCAGAAGUCUUCUUGUUAGUGUCAUUACUGAUAUCGAUGUGAAACCAUGUCUGCAGAACCUGUAUUAAGAGCACAUGACUGUGUUUAGCAAGAUAUGCUUUGAGUAUGUUAAGGGCAUCUUGGGAUAAAUAAAUAUCAAAUUUACAGGAUCUAAAUGCAGCUAUUGAUGGUCUUGUUUCAACUUCUUGCAAAGUAUAUAUUGAGCCAAUAUCAUCUAGGAUUUGGUUCAAAUAGUCUUUCUCAGGUGUUUCAUUGUCUAUUGUACCAUUUUGUAGGGAAUUGAAGAGUUGCUCUAAACUGUUUGGCCGAUAUAAAGCCGAGGGCAAAUUCCCAUCAAUAGGCUGAUGAUAUGACAUAUCUUUUUGUGGUAAUGUUGCCGAAUGCCUUUUCAGGAACAUCUGUGCUUGUCCACCAUGACCACCACGUAGCAUCUCCAAGUAAAGAUGGCAUAGCAAAGGGCUCAACAAACCAAGCAAUUCAUUUUUAACUUUUUCCACUUUUAAGUCUUUGAUGAAGUUUACCAACUUGCUAUACUGAGUAUCAUAUUGCCCGGGAUCAUUGUUUAUACAUGAAAAUAAGAUUGAAUUAGCGCGACUCGCUUCACAUUGAACAAUGGUAGAAACAGCCAUCUGUUCGGCACUUCGACUCAAAGAAUUGUUGCUGUUAAAUAUGUUUACGUCGGGAUAGUUUCGACGUUCUAAGUAGGAAGUGACUGCAGCUUUGACUGCAUCAUUGCGCGUCUUUUUGAUCAAAGACAUUGAUUGCAGAAAUUAUGUAAUUUAAGGUGUAAGUAAAAUUAAAUAUUUGUAAACAAACUUCGUCUUCAUUGCAUUUUACGAAAGCAAACAAACCACAAACCAUCAAAGCUGCAGGCCAAUUAUGCUCGCUAAUUGUAAUAUUGUUUUGAUGUCAAUUUCACAUUACGCAUUAUGCUUUCCGAAAAAUGCGAUAUCAAAAUGACAUCUUAAAUGCGUAUUACGUUCAACUUU